AUGUCUGUAGCCGUCUAUUACCGACUCUCCGAAGCUCGAUAUGGCUCUCCCUUAUCAUCACUUACGGCUCAAAUUGGAAGUUGGUAUGAAACUUGCUGGCAACUUUUACAAGCAUCGUGGAGAUGGGACGACCCUUCUUGGCCCAUGCCACGCUACAAUCCAGCCCUAUGGACCAUUCCUGUGGAAUUCGCACAAUCAAUGCUUCUGUUCAUUGUUAUACUUGGACUUUCUCAUGCUCGCAUAAAUAUGCGACUCCUGAUUCUCGCGUGUAUUAUGUCGUUCUGUUUCUGGAGCGCACAAUUACACACGGUUGAAUUUUUAGGCGGGAUGUUCAUUGCCGAAGUUACACUCCUUCAAUCAUACAAUUCAACACCAUCCAACUCUCCCGAAUCAUCUCCCAUUCUUCCUACCACGGAAUUCGACGACAAAAAGGCAGAAUCUCCUAUCGCUACAGCUUUCGAUACCACAGUUCCCAGUACAACUUAUAACAGAAAUACUUUCAUUAAGGCAUUUUGGAUACUCAACCUCAUAUGCGGUCUCUAUAUCUCCUCAUGGACAAACAGUCAUGUGGAUGAAGUUCCUAUUCUCUCAAUCCUCGACGCACACACUCCGAGACCUUAUAAAGGCCAAAGAGUUUGGUUUUGUCUCGCGGCCUUCCAAAUAGUACUAGCAUGUACUCAACUCCCCAGCUUACAAUCUAUUUUCAACCUACCGCUUGCUCAAUAUCUAGGCAAUAUAUCAUAUGCCCUCUACCUAACCCACAACCUCUGUCUUACGAUCCUCGAGCCAUUCUUCGCACCGCUGUUUGAACGGACCAUAGGAAAAGGUUCCUUCUUCGGUAGACAUGGUGUUUGGGCGGCAGGAUUACUGAUUUAUGGACCGUUCAUAUUGUGGACAGCAGAUGUGUUUUGGAGAGGAAUCGAUGUACCGUCGACGAAAUUUGCGAGGUGGCUUGAGAGUAAAUGCUUGAUUGAUAAGGAUAGUGAAAGUCCUAGAAGGGGAAAUACCCAAUUGUAA